GCCGGAACUCGCCGCGCGUGUGCUCUGAUUGGGCGCGGCGCUCAGGCGCGAUUGACCGCGGCGGUGGGAGGCGGUGCGCGGUGUCGCGGCUUUGCCAGGGUCUAGUUCCGAGGCUCUAGAAGGUUCCGCCGUGCUCGAUCCGCCGCGAUGAUGGGCCCGCGCCCCGUCUUGGUUCUCAGUCAGAAUACAAAACGUGAGUCUGGAAGAAAAGUCCAGAUGGGAAACAUCACUGCUGCAAAGACCAUUGCUGACAUUAUCCGAACAUGUUUAGGACCGAGAGCAAUGAUGAAGAUGCUUUUGGACCCCAUGGGUGGGAUUGUGAUGACCAACGAUGGCAAUGCUAUUCUUAGAGAAAUUCAAGUCCAGCAUCCAGCUGCAAAAUCAAUGAUAGAGAUCAGCCGCACUCAGGAUGAAGAAGUCGGAGAUGGGACCACAUCUGUCAUUAUCCUUGCUGGAGAGAUGCUCUCUGUUGCUGAACACUUUCUUGAACAGCAGAUGCACCCAACUGUGAUCAUCUGGGCUUAUCGUAAGGCUCUUGAUGACAUGAUCAGUAUUCUAAAGAAAAUUGGCACUCCAGUGGACGUGAACAAUAAGGAGAUGAUGCUUAAAAUAAUUAAGAGUGCAAUAAACACCAAGGCAAUAAACCGCUGGUCUGACUUGGCCUGUAGUAUUGCUCUUGAUGCUGUUAAGACUGUGGAGUUUGAAGAAAAUGGCAGAAAGGAAAUUGAUAUUAAGAAAUAUGCAAAAGUAGAAAAGAUUCCCGGUGGUUUUAGUGAAGACUCAUGCGUUUUGCGUGGAAUCAUGGUGAAUAAAGAUGUAACCCAUCCCAGAAUGCGUCGCCUUAUUAAGAAUCCACGCAUAGUCCUUCUGGAUUGUUCACUGGAGUACAAGAAAGGAGAGAGCCAGACUGACAUUGAAAUUACUCGGGAGGAAGACUUUGCCCGUAUCCUGCAGAUGGAGGAAGAGUACAUUCAGCAGAUGUGUGAGGAUCUGAUAAGAGUCAAGCCAGAUCUGGUCAUCACGGAAAAAGGAGUUUCUGACCUGGCCCAGCACUACCUGAUGAAAGCCAACAUCACCGCCAUCCGCAGGGUGCGGAAGACUGACAACAACCGGAUUGCCAGGGCCUGUGGAGCUCGCAUUGUCAGCCGCACAGAUGAGCUCCGGGAGGAGGAUGUGGGAACUGGUGCUAGGCUCUUUGAAGUGAAAAAAAUAGGAGAUGAGUAUUUUGCUUUCAUCACUGAUUGCAAAGAUCCUAAGGCUUGCACCAUCAUCCUGCGGGGAGCCAGCAAGGAGAUCCUUGCGGAGGUGGAGCGCAACCUGCAGGAUGCCAUGCAGGUGUGCCGCAAUGUCCUCAUGGACCCACAGCUGGUGCCAGGCGGGGGAGCCACUGAAAUGGCCGUUUCCCAUGCACUGACGGAGAGGUCCAAGGGCAUGACAGGCGUGGAGCAGUGGCCCUACCGUGCAGUGGCCCAGGCUCUGGAAGUCAUUCCCCGGACACUGAUCCAGAACUGUGGCGCUAGUACAAUCCGUGUUCUGACUUCGCUCAGGGCCAAACACACUCAGGAGGGCAGCCAGACAUGGGGAGUGAAUGGGGAGACUGGAGCCCUGGUUGACAUGAAGGAACUGGGGAUCUGGGAGCCCUUGGCUGUCAAACUUCAGACCUAUAAAACAGCCGUGGAGACUGCUGUUCUCCUCCUGCGUAUUGACGACAUCGUUUCGGGGCACAAAAAGAAGAGUGACAGCCAAAGCAAGCAGUCCACAGCACCAGAGGCAGCCCAGGAGUGAGGUUGAAUCUGCCAGGAGAGGACGAGCUGCCUUGACUUUAACAUGGGGAAGAGCUCAAUGCAGUGGCCUGAUCUUGAGGCUGAGCCUGGAAAAGUUUGUUUAAAGUCUGGGAGGGAUGGAAAAUACCCCGGACAGGGGGAAAAGGCAGUGGAUGAUGGUGUCCCUGCACUGGAGGACACUGCUCCUGGGGUAAGGGUUCCAGACUGACAAUUCUCAUCGCCUCAAAAUAAAUACAUUGUUUCAGGCUC